UCCCCACAUACAACGAUUUAUCAUGUUGAUGAUUUGAAUCCAUUCUAUCAAUUGAAAAUCCAGAUGAAUGCUUAUGCUUAAUGGGGGUUUAAUGAUUAUGAUGAUUAUGAUGAUUAUGCAAACAUUAAAUGGUUCGAUUUGAACAUACAUACAGAUUAGGAUUUGUAGUCAUCAUUUAUUGAUUUCAUAGGAGAAAGGUGAUCCACCUUUUGGAGCAAAUGAGUAGUCAUUCAUCGCUCAAUAGUUCAUCGAUGGAUUUGGUGAUUGAGAAUUUUUUCACGAAAAUUGAAAACCAAUCUACAAUGAGCCAUGAUGAUCAUGGAUCAUUGGAUAAUGCGGCCAUCUUAUUGCAAGAAACUCAGAAAGUGAAACGUUCAAACAUCAUGCUUCUAUUACGAAUGAUAUUAAAAGAGCUGUACAAACACCGUUCCAAAGUUACGUUGACAAACGAAUGCAAAAUACUUUUUGACCACCUGUUUGUCUGUCUCGAGAAUUGCCUACAACAUGGUCUCAAACCUCGAAAACAAAUGUUUGGUGCGAAAUUGGAAAUAUGGACAAUAAUCGAAUUGACUAGCAAAUUCGGCGAUGACGUAUCUCGAGAGGUGAUCGAGAGUGUUCGACAUUUACCUAAGAUUCGAACUUCGCUAGGUCGAGCACGAGCCUGGUUUCGGUUAAAUUUGAUGAAAAAACGAUUGGCCCAAUCAUUUCAACAAUUGGUUGAUCAUCGUGACACGCUGCUCUACGAGUAUUAUGACGUCAAUUCCUUGAUGUUAUCCGAUGAUAGCAAUGUACUUUGUGGUCUUCUCGUUGGCCUCAAUUCAUUCGACUACAGUGUCUACAUCAAAGAGGAAAUUCUCGAUUUUUCUGAUACAGUUAUCGAUCUACGGUUUUAUCUUCGUGAUCAAGCAGUCGCUAACUGUCGAGAUCUUGAUCAAAUUCUCAGUGAUGUCAAUGGAUUCAAGUAUGACUUUUUUGUUUUUCAAUUAAUUUACUACUUACUCAUAUUUGAUUUCUUCAUUAGCGACGAGGAGACUGUUGUAAAUUUACAGCAAUUACUUGAUCAGAAUAAUUACCUUGAACAAGUGAAUCAACGUCUUGAAUCGACAAUCAAAUCGUUGGAGAUCAAAAUAGAAACAUUCGGCCAACAAAAUGACCAACAUCAUCAGGAGCAGAAUGAAACAACUGAUGAAUCAAAAUCGGUUCUACAAAUCGGCACUUUACUGGCGCAGAAGGAACAGGAACUGAUGCUAGAACAGCAAGCCAAACAAAUGUUAGAAACUCGCCUUGAAGAUGCAAUAAAAUCAGGACAAGAAGCUGAAACGGCACGUAAUCUGCUAGAAAGGGAUAUCCAAGAGAAACAGGAUGCCAUCAUCACAUUACGGGUUCAACUUGAAGAGGUGAAAACAAUCAACAUACAGUUAUUCAAGAAGAUGCAGGACAAGGAUUGCCAACUUAAGGAAAAAAAUAACCAGCUUGUCGAAUGUGAAAGCAACAUCAAUCAACUAACCAAAGAUUUGCGACUUUUGCAACAAAAACUAAGUCAACAAAAUGAAGAAAGGCGUGCAAAAGAAUUAGCUGAAAAUUAUCAACGAAUAAUCGACGAACAACAGGAACAGAUGACUCGUAUGCAAUUGGAAUUGGAUACGGCUCGUAUCAAACAAUCAGAACAAAUACAUUUCCAAGAGGCGUACAAUCUAUUGAAAAAAAAGUUUGAUGAAAAUGAAUUGGCACUGGAAGAGAUUGGAAAACAAUUACAAGAUUCGAAAUUGGAGAUUGAAUCGUUGCGUGAAUAUAAUGGCCACCUUAAGGAGGCAGCUUGGGCUCGUGAUAGUGAUGUCAAUUGCUGUAAACAUUGUGAACAAAAAUUCACUAUCUCACGUCGAAAGCAUCACUGUCGUAGUUGUGGCGAGAUAUUCUGCAAUAAUUGUUCCAACAAUGAAAUGCCAUUGCCAUCGAGCAAGAAACCUGUACGCGUUUGUGAUCAUUGUCAUGCCUUCCUACUGGAACGAUUCUCCACAUCUAACUGACACAUUCACGAUGGC